AUGGGUUCGGUGACACAAGAAUGUCAGAUGGAUAAAAGAGAAUUUGAGGGUCGAAAUUUAGUCGUUAUCGAUACACCUGGAUUGUUUGAUACAGACAAAGAUCCAUUUUCGGUAGCCUACGAAAUAAGUAAAGCAGUGGGUAUCAGUGCUCCUGGACCGCAUGCAUUCAUCAUUGUUAUUAAAGCUGGUGGUGGUCGAUACACACGUGAGGCUGAAGAAACAGUGAAACUUGUUCAUGAUAUCUUUGGUGGUGAUGUUAUUCGUUAUUGCAUCGUUGUUUUCACUGGUGAAGAUAAUAUACAUAGAGAUGACUCAACAGCCACACUUGAAAACUGGCUCGCUCAAUCGACUGAUUCGGUUGUUAGCCUCGUUGAAGCUUGUAAUCGUCGUUGUAUGGCCAUUGAUACGACGGAGGCAUCAAAGGAACAACUUGAUAAUAAAGUGCGGGAGUUCAUGUCCAUAGUGGACCACAUGGUUCAAGAAAAUGGCGGACGAGUAUAUACAAAUGAAAUGUUAGGAAAAGCCGAACAGGCUUACAGAGAGCGGGAAGAAGAGCUGCUCCGAGUACAGAAGGAAGAACAAGAACGACGUCAACGACAAAUUGAUCAGGACCAGGAUGCGCUUCUUGCCGCUCGACUUCAGGCAGAAGAACGUGAAAAACAAGUUCGCACACAAUGCGAUGCUUUGGUGGCUACUCAUCGAGAACAACAACGUAAUGAGGAAACGCGGGCUAAAGCUCGCGAUCGCAAUCCUGACACAAUCAAGAAAGAAGAUGGAGUUUGGGAAUCAUUUUUCAAGUCCGCUCUGCCUAUUAUUAGCGAAGGUAUCAGUAAGGUAUACCUAAGCUCGACAGCUUCUCCUUCUGAACAGACAGAUGGUUCAUUAACACUGAAUGAUCAUUCAUCGAGUGGACGUUUGAGACAACCAACAGGAAGACAAGAAGAAAAUUCGUCAAAUUUUUUGUUUCCACGUCACGCAAGCGGCACUGGUUUACUCGGGCUCAGAGCACCAGGAACACCCUAUCGUCAUCCUCAUAUGGCAAAUUCUCCAACAGGUCGAUCACCUACAACUUUUGGGACACGCGGGAUAGGGUUUGGUGCAGGUCCCUUUGGUGGCAUGAGUAGAGGUGGAGGACCAGCGCAUCAUCACCAUCAUCAUUAA